AUGAGGAAGAGUACAUUCACCUUCCUUUUUGCUGCAUCAUUUUUCCAAGGGCUCAUCAUGAUUUGCUUGGCCUUGAAAGAGCUCAGCAUCACUACUGAUGAAUAUGCACUUCUUGCCUUGAGAUCCCAUAUUUCCGUUGACCCGGAAAACGCCUUGGCGAAUUGGUCGAAUUCAACAGGCUCAGUGUGCAGCUGGAAUGGAGUUACAUGCGGCUUUCGCCACCAAAGAGUCACUGCUUUGAACAUUUCCAACUUAGGCCUCAUCGGCGCCAUUCCUCCAGUCCUCGGCAACUUGUCGUUUCUACAAUCUUUAGACAUCAGUAACAAUAUGUUCCAGGGAAAUCUUCCAGGAGAAUUAGCUGGUCUGAGAAGACUGCGAUACAUGAACGCGAACUUCAACAACCUGACCGGAGAUAUACCAUCCUGGUUCCCUCUCUUACCGAACCUUCAGCAUUUGUUUCUUGCAUAUAAUGCAUUUUCUGGCCUAAUCUCACCAUCAUUAUUGAAUGCAUCAAACUUGUUGACAUCAGUAUUGGGGUUCAACUCCCUUGAGGGAAAUAUUCCUAAGGAGAUUGGAAAUCUUAGUAAGCUGCAAUGGUUAAGUUUGGGAACAAACAAGCUCACAGGUUCUAUACCACUAAGUUUGUUUAAAAUCUCAUCCUUGCGACGCAUUGUCCUGACUAACAAUAGCCUAUCUGGCAAUCUUCCGGUGGAGAUAUGUUCCAAUCUUCCUAAUAUGAAAGUAGUUGCUCUGUCUUGGAAUGAAUUGGAAGGUCAACUCCCAACAGUAUUGCAGGAAUGCUCCACAAUUCAGAUUCUGUCACUAUCUUACAACAAGUUUAGUGGAACCAUACCAAGACAGAUGGGGAAUUUGACUCAGUUAACUAAUCUUUAUCCUGGAAACAACAACUUACAAGGUGAAAUUCCUCAAGAAAUCGGCAACCUUCAUGAUCUUCAGCUGUUAAAGCUUGGAAAACUCUGGCAUUUCUGCAAUCAAUUCAGUGGAGGCAUUCCAAAAGGAAUUGGAAACAGCAGUUUCCUAACUAAUUUCUAUCUUAGUAACAAUCAUUUUACAGGUCCGGUACCUGUGGAAAUCGGUAACCUUGCUAAUAUGGAUAGGUUGGCACUUGAGAACAACAACUUCACAGGUCUAGUUCCAUUAUCAAUAUUCAAUAUCACAGGGAUUAGAGGAAUUUCACUUCUGGGUAACAACUUUUCAGGAAACCUUCCUGAGGAUAUUGGCAUAGGCUUGCCUAAUCUUGAAGGACUUUACCUUGGGAUAAAUUACUUCAGUGGAGCUAUCCCUGACUCCAUUUCAAAUGCUUCCAUACUCACCAGGCUAGGACUUGGCUAUAACAGGUUUACUGGCACAAUUCCCCAGUCAUUUGGUAAUUUGAGGAUGUUGCAAUAUCUUAAUGUCAUAAAAAACAACCUGAUGGCAGGCGCCACGCCAGAGUUGAAGGUUUUCGAUGCAUUGACGAAAUGCAGACACUUGCAACAACUGUGGAUAGGCUACAAUCCUCUAAAUAGAGGCCUCCCAAAUUCUAUUGGCAAUCUAUCUAGUACUCUUGAAUAUGUUUAUGCAGCUUAUUGUGGAAUCAAAGGACAGAUACCCAGCCAAAUAUCUAAUCUUACAAGUUUAGCUUUCUUAUUCCUACAAGGAAACGACUUGACUGGAAGACUUCCAACAAACAUUGAAGAGUUGUCAAAGUUGCAGGCAUUCAAUGUUUAUGACAACAAGAUGGAAGGAAAGAACUCAUCGAAAUUGGGAAGUUUUCCAAUCGCUUCAGGAAUUUGA